AGGGGAGGUAAUCAGGUGAGAGAAAUUGCUACCCGCUUUCAAAAUGGCGUCUGAAAUGUUCGCACAUUUUUAGCUAUAACUAACAAAAGGACACUGCGAACUGUGUGUUGAGAUUACACAGAGCAAAAUAAUUAUCAAAAACCAGACAGCCGGUAUGGACUCGAGCCUUCUGAAGACUGAGCACUCAGAAGCAGCCGCCAUCUUGAUGGACGUAUCCCAGCAGUGCGAGAGCUCCGUCUUCAACAGCCAAUCACAGGCUGCCACCAUUCUCAUGAAUGUGGGCCAUCAGAGUGACCUGACUGUUGGUCAGUCUGAAGGGCCAUCCAUCUUGCUGGACAUUGACCAGCAUACUGUGCCUGUUCCGUCUGAUGCAGCUGCAGUCCUGAUGGACGGAGGUCAGGAAACUGGCCUCCAGCCUGCCUUCAUCUCAUCUGACAACACCAGUCUGCACACCAUCGCCCCAUCUGACAACACCAGUCUGCACACCAUCGCCCCAUCUGACAACACCAGUCUGCACACCAUCGCCCCAUCUGACAACACCAGUCUGCACACCAUCGCCCCGUCUGACAUGAAAAUUGAGGCCAUAACUGACACCUACACACUUGGAGAGGCUGCCACGUCCACCAUGACCCCAAACAGCAGACAGCAGUUCCAGGUGAUGUCCACGGAUGGUCAGUAUCAUACCAUCACCCUCGCUGGCGUCGAGAGCAUGGAGGAGUCAGGCAAUGUGCAGAUGACAGUCCAGAUUGACACACCAGGAAGAGAGACCGAGACUGUCACCGUGUCGGGACUUACUGAUGGAUACAACCUGGAGUCUCUGGCACAGAUUGCAGAAAUUGUUGUCAACAGUAGCGACCGCAGCGCUAAUCUUGUCAGCAUCCCAGAAGACAAUGUAACUAACCAGGACAUCAACCCUGUGACUGUCACUGAACAGUACAUUGCUAUGAAGGACAAUGGAGAAGGCAAGCCAAUUUGUGUUCAAACAGAACCUGAUGAGAGAAACCUUGUGAUGGUUGAUCAAUCUCAGGGACCUCAGAACCUUGUGUCGGUUGAUCAGACUCAGACAUCUCAGAACCUUGUGUCGGUUGAUCAGCCUCAGGGAUCUCAGAACCUUGUGUCGCUAGCACAGAUUGCAGAGUUGGUGAUAAACCAGGGAUGUCUUGAGACAAGUGAUGGUCUAAACCCCAACAUCCAUCAGUUGCAGAUAGGCUCAGAUGCCACCAACCAGCCCUAUGUCAUAUCAGGCCUUGAUUCGAAUAUCAGUAGCGUGCAGACAGUGACAUCCACACCUAGAAAAAUCUCUCAGAUGAGAGCCCCAACCAGGAGAACCACCACAGAAUAUAUUGCAGUGCCAUUAAAGAAGCCAUUACCGGGUCCAUCGCAGGCUGGCGCCAGCAACUACACCACAACCAUCCUCCCUGAUAGUCGGAACCCGCCACAGAAGCUGCCCCCCGAGAGGAACAUCUACAGCAAGAUCAAGGCUGAGAAUGGAGAGUGUUACAUGGUGGUGCUUCCGGACUCCGACACCCUCAACCCAACGCAGCUUCGUGACCUCCUCACCAGUUACUCAGCCAGUCACACAAAGUCUGCCCUGGGGGAUCGGUCUGAGCCGGCCGAGAUGAGCAUCAAGGUCGAACCAGAGAAACCGAUGAUGUAUUCAGCAGGAUCCCAGACAUCCAGCCGUAAAUAUUCCAAACUUUGGCCAACUGCUAUCAAAUCAUCCAAUACGAUUGUCAUAGAACCAACAAAGCCAUCAAGUACAAGACAGAGUGUUGACAGUGAAGUGGCUGGGGGAUCCAAACAGAACAAGGAACAGCUAUCUAGUGCUGAAACAUUGGCAACAGGAACCGAUGCUGUGGUGGAGAUUGUGAAGCACGGAGGCAGUGCCAACGAUGGCUUGUUUGAUAGCACAGUGAAGGUGAAGAUAGAGAAGCCAGAUGAAGAUGCAGAUGUUGCUGGGGAGGAUCUGAAAGACCAAGAAGGCAAGAUGGACAGUGUUGAUAACUGUGGACAUGAAGUGGCACCUGCAAAGAGGCGGUUGCCGAGCGACCCCCGGCCUGAGUCCAGGACGGUAACCGUCCAGACUGAUGUCACAUCUGAAUGUUACAUCAAUGUCACACCCGAGGAACUCAGCAUCAACAGAAAGAAGCCAAGGCUUCAUCCCGGCAGAAAGCGUUUUUAUCUGGACGAUCCCAGACCCUCCAAAGACUCUUCAGAUGUUAUGCAAACGCUAGUGUCUCCAUUUUUGAAGAGAAAAAAGUUGCUUGAUCUGGAAAAUGCGUUUUAUAUCUGUGGGACAUGCGAAGCCAAGUUCUCAACAGCCGAUGAACUGAAGACGCACAGCAAGGAGCACAAGCUGAAGAACGUGUUCUGCCCAGCCUGCAAGAGGAAAUGCUCCAACGUGAAAAUUCUAGCAGAUCAUGUGAUCGCUCACACUCGCUGUAAGACCUUCAAGUGUAGCGUGUGUACCACAAAGACAGUGUUCAAAUCGGCCGAGGCUUUCAAGACCCACGUCAGCGAGCAUCUCAGCGUGCAGAACUUCCGAUGUGGCUCUUGUGGACAGAAGUUCCCUCACGUUGCCAAUCUCCGAGUCCAUAUGAGAGUGCACACUGGGGAAAAACCAUUCAUUUGUGAUAAAUGUCCAAUGGCAUUUUCACAAAAGGCACCUCUCGAAGCACAUGUGAGUUCAUUCCAUAACAAAGAAAAACCCUUUCAGUGCGAGGAGUGCAGUGUGCAUUUUGCAAGGAAAACGGACUUAAAAAUCCACAUGCGCAUCCACACGGGGGAGCGUCCUUACGCCUGUGAGCUGUGUGAUAAGACAUUCACAUCCAACUCAGGACUGACUAGCCAUAAAAAGACCCACUUCCGAACACGGUAUCAUAAGUGCGGGGACUGUGAGAAGAGUUUUGACACUCCGACUCGGCUCAAGCGUCAUGUGACGCUCUGGCACUCUGGGGACCGUGUCUUGAAGUGCCGCAUCUGCCACAAGGACGUUGGGAACAAGAUGGAGCUUCGAUCCCAUAUGCAGCUCCACUCCAGCGAACCGUUCCCAUGUGUUCGAUGUGGUUACGGGACCGACAAGAAGGAUUCACUGGCAAAGCACAUACAAGAAAAUCACCCAGAACUUGUUUGUAAAAUGCCCGAGUUAUUUGACUCUUGUGUCCCCUCAGAUCAACAAGUCGAUGCCAUGGACACUAAGCCAAAGGUGAUUGAGAUCACGUGGUAGAUUUUAUGAUUUGACAUUUGUUGAAUUUGUUGAUGAAAUAGCCUUGACAGAAAGCACCCAAAAAUGACACACUUCUUUGCGUUCAUGAUUUACAGGUUUGUUCCUAGUAGCUUGAGAAUUACAAAUAAGGAGAAAAUAAAAUUUGUUCAGCUCAAUAUAAUUAUUUUAUCUAACAUUGGCUUUGGUUGGUUCAGUGUCAAUAUGGCAGUUUAGUUGAUAAAUAUUUUUUGUAACAAAAUUCUGGUGACUUCUUCGGAAUUAGGUGCUUGGGGACCAACUAUUGGAUAUCUGGGGCCUGGGAUUUUCUUGAAAAAUAUAAAUAUAAAAUGGUCCCGGAAAAUGUUGGAAAAUGAUAAUUAUGCUUCAAAAUUUUGCAAAAGAGGAAUUGUAGCCACCAAAAAUACAUUGUUGCAAGAUGGUUUUUAUAUAUAUUUAGGCUCAUGGUAUUAUCUGUUUUUUUGGCUUUACCUGAGAAAAUAUCUAGUCUCCAAACAAAAGCCCAGGGUAUUGAGUUGUUACAGUGUUAGAGAGUAACCUACAAGUUGUGAGGAAUUAUGGAUUAUCUGUCCCAGGUGAAGGUGUUCAUCUCCACUUUCAUCCACAAGGGCCAGAUAAUCCAUAACUAAGUUUCAAGUAGGCUGUCUAUUACUCAUUGGCAUUUUAAGAGAGAAAAUAGCAAAAGAUGUUUGAAACUUCACUUAGGCAGCCGGUUGUUCAGAUGACGUAUUAUAAUCAAUUUGUGACGUAUUGAACAUUGGCUGAUGUCUCCACAAAGAAGCUAUGAUUGCAUGGCUUCAGCUCACCACUCAGCAUUGAACAUUUCUAAAGUGCACUUGUAAAUAUCGGAAAGUUUAUAAACACGUCAUUCUACCUUUAUGGGUAAAUAUCCAGUAUUUAUUAUGUAAAAGUUGUUGAAUUAGGAAAAAAAGUAAAUUCUAAUUAAGUUUAAGGGAGGAUGUUUACAGUUUCUAUGGUAACGACCUCCGUCGGAAGGUUUGUUUUUCUCAGUUCAGCAAGUUCCAUAAAUGUCCGAUUCCUGGACUCCUGCAAUGUGGAAAAUAAAAUGAUCAUUAUCAUCUCA